AUGGAGGUGACAGCUAUCGGCCUCUGGGCGGACCGGACCGUCCUACACGAGGCAGCGUCCCACGGCAGGGCCCUGCAGCUGAAACAGCUGAUAGAAAGUGGGGCAUCGGUCAACAUGGUGACGGUGGACAACAUCACUCCCCUCCACGAGGCCUGUAUCCAGGCUCAUCCGAACUGUGCCCGGCUGCUGCUGGAGGCUGGAGCCCAGGUGGAUGUACGGACCGUUCACGGGAGCACUCCUCUGUGUAACGCCUGCGCCUCCGGCAGCCUGGAGUGUGCCAGGCUGCUUUUGCAAUACAGAGCCAAAGUGAACCCAUCCCUCACAUCUCUCACCGCCUCACCGCUCCACGAGGCCUGCAUACGAGGGAAUGUCGAAAUAGUGCGGCUAAUGAUAGCCAGCGGUGCCCAGCUGGAGGCGUAUGAUGUCCACUUUGGUCCACCACUCCACAUCGCAUGUGCUAAAGCACACCUGGUUUGUGUCAAGGAGCUUCUUAAUGCAGGUGCCAAUGUGAACUCAGUUAAGUUCCACGAGACAGCCUUGCACCAUGCAGCACGAGUCGACAUGGUGGACAUGAUCGAGCUGCUGAUGGAGUUCGGAGCCAAAGUGUACGCCAGCGACAACCUGGGAAAAAAGCCUGUAGACUACACAACACCAGCGUCUCCGGCUCACACCUGUCUCAUGUUUUAUGAAAGUAAUCCUCUGAGUCUGCUGCAGCUUUGUAGAAUCACUGUGAGGAUGAGGCUUGGUACCAGGGCCUCAGAGGUCAUAGGUCAGCUGGACACAUCCCGCCGCAUCCACAGUUACCUCCAGUACUGUGAUCACCCUGCAUCGCCACAGAGUGACACAUGAACAGAUCUUCAAGCACUGUAUGAGAGACUGGUGUUUGAUUUUAGAUACAGCAUCUCCAAAAGAAAGCAUUGGGGGACAUCUGCUUAAAAUGUUAGUUCAUCCAUCAUAUUUCUUGAAUGCCAUGUGACUCAGGAUUGACGUCACAUUGUGUAUUA